AUGACAUCUUCCGUGCAGAAUUUGCCCAGUAAGUUAUGACAAUUUUCUCUUUUAGAUCGAUUUAGCAGCCAAAACAGAGAUUCAUCUCAAGGAAUAUCAGACCCAGUUUUGAAGUGGUUCAGAGAAGGAAGAAAACUCUGCUCUGACAUUUUUUUUUCUGAUCUUUUCCGCGGUAUUGCAUGAGCUGCUAGCUUUUGUCUCAUAAUUCUGGCUGAUCUUCCUGCUUCCUUUCCCGGAUUAAACUGUUCUUCUCUUGCUUCCCCGCUCUGGUUCUCCUACACAUCUCCUCGCCAUGAUCAUUUUAUAGGGGCAGCCAUGCCCUAGCAUCAUCGUUGGGGUUCUAAUGGUCUUGAAGCAGGUGACAGUGGAUCGGAAGAAACGCAGAAGCAGGACCAAUCCAACCCCCAGCAUCUCCCUAUCAGUGGACACUUUUCAUCAGGAAUAGCUCCACAUCCUGCCGAUUAUAUGAUGUCUCAGGCUCACUUUGAAGCGGGGCAAUCUAUGGUAUGGCGACGCCCUUUUAUUCUGUUGACAUGAUGGAAUUUCAUAUGAUUCAUUGCAAACUUUAGUAAUAUCAAUGUUCUAAUUGCACCCCAAGAUGGUUGUUGAGUGUGAAGACAUGGAACAUGAAAUAAAUAUUUGGACAAGAUUAGGAAAGAACAGAUUAAUCUGGGUUCGCCGGGAAUCAAUUUCAUUCUGUGCAUAUUGUGUAGUGAGGAUAUGGAACAUGAACAGACUGAUAGAAAUAAGUAUUUUCUACCCUGUUCCAGAUGCCGAAAAACAGAAUCUAGGUUAGCCUCUGAUGAUGAUUUUUUUUUUCAAUUUCUCUGAUAAUUGCAUCGGAAUGAAGGCAUCUCAUCAGUUAUAAUGGAUAGCAGUGGAAUGUGGUGAAUUGAUUUCCCUUUAGGUCGUCUUCUCCCUUCCCUCCUCCUCCUGUCGGAUUCUGCCACUGAUUUCCAUCUCUGCUUCCUCUCCUCUUGCAAGGCUCACGCUGCCUACCCUUACCCAGAUCCCUAUUAUGGAACUGUGAUCGCCGCUUACGGGGGACAAGCUGUGGUAUGAUCGAUUCUUGAAGCCAGAUUUCUCCCAGUCUGGUCUCUUUCUCGGUGAAUUAACCAGUUUCUUGUGAUGGGUGGGGGGACGAUCGCCGCCUCGCAGAUGCUUCCUCAGCUGAUCGGCAUUCAUCCCGCGGGGGCGGCGGCGCAGUCUCCGGGGGACGCCAUGGAAGGGCUGAUCUACGUCAACGCCAAGCAGUACCACGGCAUCCUGCGGCGCCGGCAGUCGCGGGCGAAGGCGGAGUCCGAGAACAAGCUCGUCAAGUCCCGCAAGGUCUCCUUCCUCCUCCCAAUCAGGGUUUCUCAAUCCCCUCCACCAGUUAUGGUUUCUGUUUCUCGUCGUGUUGAACCAACUGACCUAAUCCUCCUCUUGCAGCCCUAUCUCCAUGAAUCCCGCCACCUGCACGCCACAAAGAGGGCCAGGGGAACUGGUGGUCGGUUCCUGACUUCCAAGGGGGAGAAGACCAAGCCGGAUGAAGAUGUCUCGGACGACAGCUCCCAGCUCAGGGCCGGGGAUGGCGCCGGUUCCGACCAGUUGGCCGCCGUGGAGAAGGGGGCGAGCUCGGCGGCGCCGCCAGACGAGGUCCCCCGAGGCUCGGGAGGUCGCCGUUCUUGA